GUAUGCACUGUGCUUGUAAACAGCGGUCGCAAACUGCUGUUCAAGAAACGUCCCACGUCAUGAAACUACAAAUCCCAGGACCGCUGUCGUCUGGAUGCAAAAUCCCUUGGGAACAAUACUGAAAACGUUUUUUUUUUCCUACUAAUUAUCGCAAGAAAGUCAAAUGUGGCUCGCGUGUUUGUUACGCCCACACCCCACACCCCACACCAUACACCAUACACCAUACACCAUACACCAUACACCAUAACGCGAAACCUGUCGCAACGAUAUAAAAAUACGGUUUUACAGAUCUAGCAACAUAAUAUUCUCGUGUCCAGGUUAGUAUACACAGGACCAGGGCUGGUAUUCCUGAGCGAAGUGGGAGUUUCCAGGAAGUAGCCAUAUUGGAUUCAUUGAGCGGUUACUCUGUAUCAUUCCAUAGAGAGAAAGACGGAAGACUGCCUUCAACCAGAUUAUUACAUAUUCACACACAGGAGCCAUGGCUGCCACGGAUAUAGACAAGUCUUCAAAUGAAGAAAAGCGGAAUCUCAGUCUAGGCGGCCAUGUCGGGUUCGACAGUCUUCCUGACCAGCUGGUCAGUAAAUCAGUAGCACAGGGUUUCUGUUUCAAUAUACUCUGUGUAGGUGAAACUGGCGUCGGCAAGUCCACGUUAAUGAACACCCUUUUUAACACAACGUUUGAAAAUGAAGAAGCCAGCCAUUAUCAAAACGGGGUGUACCUUCGCCCGAAGACGUACGAUUUGCAGGAGAGCAACGUCCACUUGAAGCUGACCAUCGUAGACACAGUGGGGUUUGGAGAUCAGAUCAACAAAGAGCAGAGCUACAAGCCCAUAGUCGACUACAUUGACACACAGUUUGAAAACUACCUGCAAGAAGAACUGAAGAUCAAGCGUGCACUCUUUAACUGCCAUGACACAAGAAUUCACAUCUGCCUUUACUUCAUCGCUCCAACAGGACAUUCCCUCAAAUCCUUGGACUUAGUUACCAUGAAAAAGCUGGAUAGCAAGGUGAAUAUCAUCCCAAUUAUUGCAAAGGCUGAUACUAUUUCUAAGAGCGAGCUGCACAAGUUUAAGAUCAAGAUAAUGAGUGAGCUUGUUAGCAAUGGAGUUCAGAUCUAUCAGUUUCCAACUGAUGACGAGGCCGUCACAGAGAUCAAUGCUUCAAUGAAUGCCCAUCUUCCCUUUGCUGUUGUUGGAAGCACAGAAGAAGUGAAAGUGGGCAAUAAACUGGUUCGAGCCAGACAGUACCCUUGGGGUGUGGUUCAGGUGGAGAACGAGAGUCACUGUGAUUUCGUGAAACUGCGGGAGAUGCUGAUCCGGGUCAAUAUGGAGGAUCUCCGAGAACAGACGCACGCUCGCCACUACGAGUUGUACAGGCGCUGCAAACUGGAGGAGAUGGGUUUCAAAGACACAGAUCCUGACAGCCAACCGUUCAGUCUACAGGAAACGUAUGAGGCCAAGAGGAAGGAGUUCAUGGGAGAUCUGCAGCACAAGGAGGAGGAGAUGAGGCAGAUGUUUGUCAACAAGGUCAAAGAAACAGAGGCCGAACUGAAGGAAAAGGAGCGAGAGCUGCAUGAUAAGUUUGAGCAGCUCAAGAGGAUGCACCAAGAGGAGAAGAGGAAGGUGGAGGAGAAGAGGCGAGACCUGGAGGAAGAGAUGAACGCCUUCAACAGACGGAAGGUGGCGGCAGAAACACUCCAGGCGCAGUCUCUACAGGCUGCAUCGCAGCAGCCGCUGAAAAAAGACAAAGACAAGAAAAACAGAUCAGUAAAAACAGAGAACCAAUCUGGAGCCAACCUCUCCAGCUCCAAAGUUAUGAUUGCCAAGGCCAAUAUGGAGCCUCUGAACUGUGACAGCUGGUGGCAGGCCAUGCAGUGCUGCACCUGCCUGGUCAAGAACGCAGCGUGGAGGGAAGGGUUCUUCUGAACUAGGAGGUCUGGAAGAUGGGGUCGGCUGGACAUCACCAUGGCAUGGAACUGGAACACAAACAGAGAUUCUCAUUAUUCCACCGCCUAGAACCGCCAUCAGCACCAAGCUUGCUCCUUGUCUUGCACCCAACACUGAAAUAUCAGGGCUGUUGGGAAGUCCUCCCUUUUGCUAUAUGAAUCGACCAAUCAAGACUGUUAUUGUAAUGAACAAUGGAAGAGGUUUUAACAUGGUCUUGCUGAUCAGCCUGUUUGUCGUUGCCAAACUUGUUUCUCUUAUCAUGCUGUCUGUUCUGUAUUUGCAACAUUGUUAGCAGCUUUUGAAAGCUUUACUAUGUAGCAAAUGAGCCAUUAAGGGUUAUGUUUACAAAUAAGGAACAUGUUAAGGAUCAUAUUGAAAAAGGACCAGUAAGUUGUAGAGAAUAGUUGCAGGAAUCUUUUACCAUUAUGGUCAUUUUUAAUCUCUUUAGUGACUUCAGAUGCCCAUAACUCAACCCACUGGAAGUUCGUCUCAAUGUCCUUAUCAUGUUUACUUUAGAGUAGGCAUUACCACAAUGGCAAUUUGAACACUGUCUGUAACAUCUCUUUUGUCCUGUUUUCAUGAGGAAUGUAGAUGUUAAAAGGAUUUAGAAGUGUCUUAGUGCAUUCUUGUGUGUGAUAAAAAAAAAAUGCUGUUAGAGAGACCAAGGUGGCUUCUGAAGCGUGUUCAGGUGUAAUGAUGUAAUGAAUGCAUUUAUACUGUAGGUGGUGCCAUAAAAAAAUCCCCACAGUAAUUACACUUAAUUGUAAAUUUCUGGUUUAAAAAGAAAUCCGAUUUUUAGAAGGAACUAUAUUUUCCACUGAAAUGUUCUAUUUCUUAAUUGUGGUUCAAGAAAAGUGUUGUGAGAAAUGCUAGGUUGUUACAGAUAUUCAACGAGUGCAAAAUAGCAGACUCAAAUAAUUUAUUUUUAUAUUUGAUUUAUUUAUUUAUUUAUUUAUUUAUUUAUUUAAUUAAUUAAAUAUUUCAUUAGGAAAUAUCCCAGAGAUGUCAUUUUCCCCAUGGGGAUAGGUUUAUACUUAAAUUUUACAGCCCAAUUAAAGUAGACUGGCUUGUACUGAUAAAUACUACCUAGCUAAUUGCCUUUUUUGUUUUUAUAUAAACACAGUUCUGUGGCUUUUCCACAUUGGUUUCAUUUAUUUAAAAGCAGACUUCUGAAAUUCCUUGAUGUGUUUUAGCAUUUCAGUUGUUUUUUUUUUUUGUAUUGCUUACAAUGUUGAUGAAGUCAACCCCUGUUGCAAUGUAAAGAUCCCAGUGCAGUUUGUCCAAUAUGAUCCUCUCCAUUCUCAGAAUUUCAGCUGGAGAACAAUUGCAUCCACUCUGCACUGCAAGGUCCUUGACCGACAGAAUCAUCUAUUACAAAAAAAUAUUAAAAAAAAAAAAAACACACAAUAAA